UAAUGCUGACAGAAACCAACAACAGGGGUGAACAAUUAAGCAGAUGGACAGUUCUGCAAAUGACUGUGGAAUUUACAGUGGGAAAUGUCUUUCGAAGGCAAGGGAGUUUUGCUAUUUAUUUGAAUGGAGCCAGGAUUUCACCUUGAGCUUUUGAGGCCAACAGGGACCAUGGACAUAGGUAGUGUGACCUCCAGAAAAACCUGCGUACUACAGCGUAGAACGGCUUACCUGGGAUGCAAAACCCCUGGAGAAAAGAGUUCAUAGGAUGCAAAAACAGAAGAUGGGGCUAAGGUGGUGUCAGAUCAGUAUCAUCCAACCCUUGUUCUUGUGUGUUUUUUCUUGUUCCUGUCUGAGGGUUUCAUAGCUGAAACUUUCAGCAUGUUUUGAAGGCAGCCAAGAAGGAACUUUAAUGGCUCUCCUGGAAGUUGUUCAAAAACCACUCCCAUUGACUGCAUCGGAUAUUGUAUAAGGCCCCAAAAGCAAUUUCCAGGGAUGUAUAAGGACUUUCAGUGAAUGGAAGACGACACUUUUUACUAGAGAUUUAACUUGUCUAAAGAUACCAAGUUUUUGGGAUACACAAAGUGGAACAGGAUCGCCAUGUUUCGAAACAGUCUCAAGAUGCUUCUUACAGGAGGGAAGUCAAACCGCAAAAACAGGUCCAGUGAUGGAGGGAACGAGGAGCCACCAGACCGAAGACAGGCAAGUGUAGACUCCCGUCAGAGCCGAUCUGGGCAAGGCACCUCCACAGAGAACGACUGUGCUUUUGAACCAGACUACGCUAUUCCGCCACUCCCAGUGACCGAAGGUAUGCAGCACAUUCGGAUUAUGGAGGGCAUGUCCCGCUCCCUUCCAUCCUCCCCCUUACUCACACAUCAGUCUAUCAGUGUUCGGCUCCAACCUGUGAAGAAGUUAACUGCCCCUUUGAGGAAAGCAAAGUUUGUUGAGAGCCCUCGAAUCCCAGAGUCUGAGCUUGGCUCACCAACACUUUCUUCAGCACAGAAACUGGACGUUGAUGCAUACUGCCCUGGUGAUACCGAGCAGGAGCUGGGACCCCCUCCAUCCGUAGAUGAGGCAGCAAAUACACUCAUGACUCGCCUGGGCUUCCUCCUCGGAGAGAAAGUCACGGAGGUACAGCCAGGGCCCCAGUACAGCAUGGAGGUGCAGGACGAGAACCAGAGCUCGGCGGUGACGCAGCGCAUCAGCCCCUGCUCCACGCUGACCAGCAGCACGGCCUCGCCGCCCGCCAGCAGCCCCUGCUCCACGUUGCCGCCCGUCAGCACCAGCGUCACCGCCAAGGACUGCACCUACGGCGCCGUCACCAGCCCUACCUCCACGCUGGAGAGCAGAGACAGCGGUAUCAUCGCUACUUUGACAAGCUACUCAGAAAAUGUGGAACGCACUAAAUAUGGAGGGGAAAGCAGUAAAGAACUUGGAUCUGGAGGAAACCUGAAACCUUGGCAGUCCCAGAAAUCCAGCAUGGACUCCUGCUUAUACCGUGUGGAUGAGAACAUGACGGCCUCCACCUACAGCCUGAACAAAAUCCCAGAGAGGAACCUGGAGACGGUCUUGUCCCAGUCCGUGCAGUCUAUUCCUCUUUACCUUAUGCCACGGCCAAAUUCAGUAGCAGCCACCAGCUCAGCCCACUUAGAAGAUCUCGCUUACCUGGAUGAGCAGCGACACACUCCCCUGCGGACAUCCCUCCGAAUGCCGCGGCAGAGCAUGGCCGGAGCCCGCACGCAGCAGGACCUGCGAGUACGCUUCGCACCUUAUAGACCUCCCGACAUCUCUCUGAAACCACUGCUCUUUGAGGUGCCCAGCAUCACCACCGAGUCCGUCUUCGUUGGCCGGGACUGGGUGUUCCACGAGAUAGAUGCGCAGCUGCAGAGUUCAAACGCCAGUGUCAACCGAGGUGUAGUGAUUGUUGGGAACAUUGGGUUUGGAAAAACUGCCAUCAUCUCCAGACUGGUUGCGCUCAGCUGCCAUGGCACACGUAUGAGACAGAUUGCUUCUGAUAGCCCGCAUGCCUCUCCAAAACAUGUGGAUGCAAACCGAGAGCUGCCCUUAACCCAGCCGCCUUCUGCUCACUCGUCAAUCACCAGCGGGAGCUGCCCGGGGACUCCCGAAAUGCGCCGGCGCCAGGAAGAGGCCAUGCGGAGACUUGCUUCGCAGGUUGUCGCUUAUCACUACUGCCAAGCUGAUAAUGCCUACACCUGCCUGGUGCCAGAGUUUGUGCACAACGUGGCCGCCCUGCUCUGCCGCUCGCCGCAGUUCGUUGCCUACAGGGAGCAGCUCCUGCGAGAGCCCCACCUGCAAAGCAUGCUCAGCCUGAGGUCCUGCGUGCAAGACCCCAUGGCCUCCUUCCGAAGGGGAGUCCUGGAGCCCUUGGAAAAUCUGCACAAAGAGAGGAAGAUCCCUGAUGAAGAUUUCAUUAUACUAAUUGAUGGUUUAAAUGAGGCUGAAUUUCACAAGCCAGAUUAUGGAGACACCAUAGUAUCAUUCCUGAGCAAAAUGAUUGGAAAAUUCCCUUCCUGGCUGAAGCUGGUAGUGACAGUCAGGACAAGUCUACAGGAAAUAAUUAAGCUGUUGCCCUUCCACAGAAUAUUUUUGGAUAGACUGGAAGAGAAUGAAGCCAUAGACCAGGACCUGCAGGCAUAUAUCCUUCAUCGGAUACACAGCAGCUCGGAGAUCCAGAACAACAUCUCGCUUAACGGCAAAAUGGACAACACUACGUUUGGGAAACUCAGUUCUCACCUCAAGACCUUGAGCCAAGGGUCCUAUCUGUACCUAAAACUCACUUUUGAUCUCAUAGAGAAAGGAUACCUAGUACUAAAAAGCUCCAGCUACAAAGUAGUCCCAGUGUCUCUGUCAGAAGUGUACCUGUUGCAGUGCAAUAUGAAGUUCCCAACGCAGUCUUCCUUUGAUCGGGUUAUGCCUCUCUUGAAUGUGGCAGUGGCAUCUCUGCACCCAUUAACAGAUGAACAUAUUUUUCAGGCCAUUAAUGCAGGUAACAUUGAGGGCACUUUGGAGUGGGAUGACUUUCAGCAGAGGAUGGAGAACCUUUCUAUGUUUCUUAUCAAACGUAGAGAUAUGACGCGAAUGUUUGUUCAUCCCUCUUUCCGAGAAUGGCUUAUUUGGAGAGAAGAAGGUGAAAAGACCAAGUUUCUUUGUGAUCCUAGGAGUGGCCACACAUUACUUGCCUUCUGGUUUUCCCGUCAAGAAGGAAAACUAAAUCGACAGCAAACUAUUGAACUGGGACAUCACAUUCUCAAAGCACAUAUUUUUAAGGGGCUGAGUAAAAAAGUUGGGGUAUCUUCCUCCAUCCUGCAAGGGCUUUGGAUCUCCUACAGUACCGAAGGUCUUUCGAUGGCUUUGGCAUCUCUGAGAAAUCUCUACACCCCAAACAUAAAGGUCAGUCGGUUGCUGAUUUUAGGAGGUGCAAAUGUGAAUUACCGGACCGAAGUUCUGAACAAUGCCCCCAUUUUGUGUGUCCAAUCUCACCUGGGUUACACGGAGAUGGUGGCUUUGCUCCUGGAGUUUGGGGCCAAUGUAGAUGCCGCUUCGGAAAGUGGCCUCACCCCCCUUGGCUACGCGGCUGCUGCGGGAUUUCUAAGUAUCGUUGUGCUGUUGUGCAAGAAACGGGCCAAGGUGGAUCAUUUGGACAAAAACGGUCAGUGCGCUCUGGUUCAUGCUGCUCUCAGAGGACACUUGGAGGUGGUGAAGUUCUUGAUCCAAUGCGACUGGACCAUGGCUGGACAACAGCAGGGAGUGUUUAAGAAGAGCCACGCCAUCCAGCAGGCACUGAUUGCUGCAGCCAGCAUGGGUUACACCGAGAUUGUCUCCUACCUGCUCGAUCUUCCAGAAAAAGAUGAAGAAGAGGUGGAGCGAGCACAAAUCAACAGCUUCGACAGCCUCUGGGGAGAGACAGCUCUGACGGCAGCGGCCGGGCGUGGGAAGCUGGAGGUCUGCCGGCUCCUCCUGGAGCAGGGUGCCGCGGUCGCACAGCCCAACCGCCGCGGGGUCGUUCCGCUCUUCAGCGCCGUGAGACAGGGCCACUGGCAGAUUGUAGAUCUUCUACUCACGCACGGUGCUGAUGUAAACAUGGCAGACAAGCAGGGGCGGACGCCGCUGAUGAUGGCUGCAUCUGAGGGACAUCUGGGCACCGUGGAGUUUCUGCUCGCACAAGGUGCCUCCAUUUCUUUAAUGGACAAGGAGGGCUUGACGGCCCUCAGCUGGGCUUGUCUGAAGGGACACCUCUCCGUGGUGCGUUCCCUGGUAGAGAACGGAGCUGCCACCGACCACGCAGAUAAAAACGGACGCACUCCACUGGACCUGGCAGCUUUUUACGGCGAUGCAGAGGUGGUUCAGUUUCUGGUGGACCAUGGGGCCAUGAUUGAGCACGUUGACUACAGCGGGAUGCGCCCACUCGACAGGGCAGUGGGGUGCCGCAACACCUCAGUUGUCGUCACUCUCCUGAAGAAAGGAGCAAAGAUAGGUUGUCAGACGUUACCGAGUCGCCCACGAGGUCCAGCAACAUGGGCGAUGGCAACCUCCAAACCAGACAUCAUGAUCAUCCUGUUGAGCAAGCUGAUGGAGGAGGGAGACAUGUUUUAUAAGAAAGGUAAAGUGAAAGAGGCUGCCCAGCGCUACCAGUACGCUCUGAAAAAAUUCCCCAGGGAAGGGUUUGGAGAAGACCUGAAAACCUUCCGUGAGCUGAAGGUGUCGCUCCUUCUCAACCUCUCCCGGUGUCGAAGGAAAAUGAACGAUUUUGGAAUGGCGGAGGAAUUUGCUACUAAAGCACUGGAGCUGAAACCGAAAUCUUAUGAAGCUUACUAUGCAAGAGCAAGGGCCAAACGCAGCAGCAGCAGGCAGUUUUCAGCAGCCCUGGAAGACCUGAACGAGGCCAUCAAGCUGUGUCCCAACAACCGUGAGAUCCAGCGGCUGCUGAUGCGGGUGGAAGAGGAGUGCAGGCAGGUGCAGCAACAGCAGCAGCAGCCGCCGCCGCUCCCGGUGGAGCCUGAACCUGAAGUCCAGCAUGAAGAGCUGUAUUCCGUGCAAGACAUCUUUGAGGAGGAGUACCUUGAGCAGGAUGUAGAAAACGUUUCCAUUGGCUUGCAGACAGAGUCCAGGCCAAACCAAGGGCUGCCCAUCAUCCAGAGCCCACCCCCGUCCCCAGCUCACAGGGACUCAGCCUAUAUUUCUGGCUCACCUCUUGGCUCUCAUCAGGUCUUUGAUUUCAGGUCCAGUAGCUCCGUGGGUUCGCCAACCAGGCAAGGGUACCAGUCCACGUCUCCUGCUCUGUCUCCGACGCACCAAAACUCGCAUUAUAGACCCAGUCCUCCGCACACAUCCCCUGCUCACCAGGGCUCCUCUUACCGCUUCAGCCCACCUCCUGUCGGAAGUCAAGGGAAGGAAUAUCAAAGCCCACCACCUUCUCCUCUUCGCAGAGGUCCUCAGUAUCGCGCCAGCCCCCCAGCAGAAACCAUGAGCGUUUAUAGGUCACAGUCUGGUUCCCCGGUUCGUUAUCCGCAAGAACCUAGCGGAGUCAGCCAGCUCCCCGGUAGACCAAAGUCUCCGUUGUCCAAGAUGACGCAGAGGUCUUUCCAGAUGCCCCAGCUCCCCGUGGCCGUGCCGCAGCAGGGGCUGAGGCUGCAGCCAGCCAAGGCGCAGAUCGUGAGGAGCAACCAGCCCAGCUCAGCCGUCCAUUCGAGUACCGUAAUCCCAACUGGUGCUUACAGUCAGGUUGCCCACUCGAUGGCCAGCAAGUACCAGUCAGCGUCAGGGGAAAUGGGGGUUAGCCAGAGCAGGUUGGUCUACCAGGGCUCCAUCGGGGGCAUCGUCGGUGACAGCAGACCAGUGCAGCAUGUUCAGGCGAGCCUCAGCGCGGGAGCGAUCUGUCAGCACGGCGGGUUGGCUAAAGAAGACCUUCCGCAGAGACCGUCCUCAGCGUACAGGGGGGGUAUGAGAUACAGCCAGACACCUCAGAUCGGGCGAAGCCAGUCCGCUUCCUACUAUCCGGUGUGUCACUCGAAGCUCGACCUGGAACGUUCUUCCCUCCCCGCCAGCCAGCUGGGCUCUCCAGAUGUGUCUCAUCUCAUCAGAAGGCCCAUCACAGUUAAUCCCAGCGAAAUCAAGCCCCACCCGCCGACUCCAAGGCCCCUGCUCCACUCUCAGAGCGUUGGCCUCCGCUUCUCUCCUUCCAGCAAUAGCAUCUCCUCCACUUCCAACCUGACUCCCAAUUUCCGCCCUUCUGCUUCGAUUCAACAAAUGGAGAUUCCUCUCAAGCCAGCUUAUGACAGAUCGUGCGAUGAACUUUCUCCGGUCUCUCCCACGCAGGGGGGUUACCCCAGCGAGCCAGCCCGUUCCCGGACCACACCGUUCAUGGGAAUCAUAGAUAAAACGGCUCGGACUCAGCAGUACCCCCACCUCCAUCAGCAGAACCGGACCUGGGCUGUGUCGUCAGUGGACACUGUCAUUAGUCCUACGUCUCCUGGCAAUCUCCCCCAGCCGGAAUCAUUUAGCCCGCCUUCUUCAAUCAGCAACAUUGCCUUUUAUAACAAAACCAACAAUGCACAGAAUGGCCAUUUGCUAGAGGAAGACUAUUACAGCCCCCAUGGGAUGCUGGCCAAUGGGUCCCGGGGAGACCUCCUGGAGAGAGUCACCCAAGCCUCCUCGUAUCCCGACGUCAAGGUGGCAAGGACGCUGCCAGUGGCGCAGGCCUACCAGGACAACCUGUACAGGCAGCUCUCCAGGGACUCCAGGCAAGGGCAGACAUCCCCAAUCAAACCAAAGAGACCAUUUGUGGAGUCUAAUGUGUAAAAGACGCUUGUUGGAGUAAGACCCUCAUGUUUUCAGCACACACUUCCAAGCUUGAUUUCCAUGCAUCAUAUUAUUAUUAUUAUUAUUAUUAUUAUUAUUAUUAUUAUUAUUAUUAUUUUUAUUUCUCUUUGGUAGCUACAUGACCAAGUUUCUCCGGUACUUUGUGUGGUGGUCAGACAGCCAUGCACGUGCUCCAGCCCUUUCGUUCCCCAGCUGACCGUGAAGCCAACAUCAGCCGAGCCAGUAUCGUUUGCCCAAUUCCAGCUAAGUUCCCAACCAGGAUAUCUUAGUACGUGGUGCAGGGUGGUCCAGAAAUAGCCCCUACGCAGCAGGAGGUAACCAGCUCUUUUUCAAGAGACAAUCGCGUUUGAUUUAAAUGGGUUUCUUUUGUCUCGAUGAGCUCUUACGCAGUUCUGAUAGGAAUUCCUAGCGGAAGCAGAGCAGGGAUCGCAGGAGCCUUUCCCAAGGCUGCAUCCGCAGGUCCCCGUGCCAGCAGGGUCGUUUGGCUCUUUGCCCCAAGGAGCAAAUUACCCACAGCAAGCAAGGGCACGAUGUGUUUUAAUACCGAGUAGCUAUGCACAGUAACCAUCCUGCUUCAUCUGGUUUAUAGCAGUUUAAUCCGAAUUGGAUUCCUUUGUUAUUUAAUCGCGUCAUCGGCCAGAAGGGGUGGGGAUCACACGAUGCUUUGCUGCUUUGCAAGCUACCUGCCGGGUGCCCCGACACCAAUUUGCUCUGGGGCAUUUUACAAGCACUGAGAGAUUAAAGUUGGCCCUUCGUAUGCGUUUUAGUCAGCCAAGGGAAUUGGCCAGAAACCUCUUGUGCGUGAACUGGGAUUGCAACAACUUCUUCUUCACACAGUUAGCGGAUGACUGCACCUCACACGCAACACCGCAUUUUCACCGGGACGGUUAAAUGUUGGGGGUUUCAUUUGGUGGACUUUUUUUACUUGCAAGGGAAAACAGAAAUCUGACUUAGAAAACGGUAUUCAAGGAAGAAAAUUGCAAUUUAAAAAUUUUUUUAGAAUUCUUUUAUGAUGAGGAUGCAUAACGUGGCACGAUGGUUCCUGAGACAGGAGGGGUCCUUCAGCAAACCCAGCCCUGCAGCAUCCCUUCCCUUCGGCUCGCUCCCACCCGGGGAGCCGGUGCUGUAGCGAGGGCUGCACUCCUCUAAGAUCCAUUUCCAAAAUCUUGGAAAGCGAUUGCCAUGUUCCAUACCUGUAAAUGGUAGAGACCAUGUUUUGCUUUUUAAGGAGCUGUAGUUAAAACAGAGAUAUUUAUAAUUUAUUUAUGCGAUCUAUUUCAGGACAUAUUUUGGUUUGGGUUGUUUUUUCUAUUUGUUUUUUUUAAAUCAAAUGCAAAUCACAUCAAGACAGUGUGAAAAGCAGGGGACGGUUCCAAAAUCCUGUUUAUAGGAUUUUCAAUAAUUUUUCAAUUAUUCUCUGAAAUGGGGGGGCAGGAGGUGGAGGAACUUUCUUUACAGAUUCGUUUAUUACUGGUGGGUUUGUAAUCUGCCUUUUCAGUUACUGAGGGUGAAGGGUGGGAUGAACAGCGGGGAGAGCGAUAACCCUGUAGCUUGUUUUAAAGCAAAAUAGUGCCUGUUGCCCAAUGCCGAACCUCACUCAUAUCAACUCUUAAGAGCGAUUUCAGUGCUGAGCAGGAGGAGCGAUACCUUUCGGUGUUUCCAAAGGGCUAUACGAAUAGAUUGCAAGACUUCUUGAACCAAAUCAUGGGGUCCAACCUCUGCUGGUGUAAAAGAGCCUAUCCCCAGCACGACAUCAGUGCAGCUACAUCCAUUUAUACCAGCUAAGGACUUGGUCUGAAACUCUUAAGCAAACCCUGGCUUCGAUGGGGCUUUCUUUUUUUAUUCCUGUGUGUGGAUCAGCACAUCUCAUUGCUGUUUCGUUGCCUAAUUCGCUCAGAGCAAACUGGGACGUGCAUACCUUGGGACGAUGGAAGCUUGUGUCUCAUAGACACGUUGAGAGUGUUCAGGGGGUGUUUCCUCCGUGGGGUUUGGCGAUUUUUGUGCUCUUUUGGGCUAUUUGGUAUUUGCCCAAGCCAGUAUUUGGAUUGAGGUUGGUGUUUUCUUUCUCGAGGUGCAACCCAGUGCUGACUCUGUGCUUUAUUACAGGACUCGGUAGACUGGGGGACCCUUCGGUAGGGUGGGCUCCCCGCGGCUGUGGGGACACUCAGCUUCAUGCACUAUUUCUCCCCUUGCAAAGGGGGUGUGAUGAUUUUUUUUUUCUUCCUCUCUUUUUUUUGAAGCAGCGUGUUCUGCUUUAUAAGGAAUAACCAAUUUCUUCUCCUCCGCAUACAGUGCACCUAUAGCUAGGACAUGCGUAUCUGUGGGUCUGGAGCAGCACCAGUCGCUUUGCUCAACGCCUCCCAUCCAGCUUUCUGAUCGAGUGAGUGGCUUCCUACCUUUAGUUGCUUCUUUGAAAGGAAAAAGUAACCAAGUUCAGCCCCGUCCCUAUUUUAUACGGCCGAGCGAGAUGUGCUAUGGCCGUGAGCCGUUUCUCUCCGCUGAGAUGCAAACGGGACGGUCCGAGAGCAGCGAUGCGAGAACUGCCCGUGCUUUGCUUUUGCUAUUCACUGCCGUGUGCUCCCAGUACUGUCCUUCCGAAACAUCCCCUCACAGCACUUCCGUGUAUAACUUUUGGGUUUAUGAAGACGUUUUAAGGGAAAAAGAAAACAGCUCACACUUUUAACACAAACACCAAGCUGAAAGAAGGCUUGAAUACUGCGGCGUGCAGGUUUUUUCACGAUACCACGUGUUACAUUUUUCACAGGAUUCUUGCACUAAUGGUUUUCCAUCUGUUCUCUCUGUAAAUGGGUGCACUUUACUGUUUGAAUUUGUUACUAUGAUAAAUACUGGAUAUUUAAGCGUGAGUAGUGUCUUCAUUAGAAAAUAGCAAAACAGCUCUUGUCUCUUAGUGUAUUUUUCAAAAAAAAAAGAAAAAAGAAAAGAAACGAAGCAAUGAAUCAUAACAUUUAUAGCACAAGAACUGACUCUUGUAUAUAAGCAUCAACAGAUUGAGUAAUUUUUAAAUACAAAAUUAUUUGCGGUGGUUUUAAAGCACUUCCCCAGCAAUUCUCUUAGGGACAGUUGAGGCAGGAUGGCUGCUGUCGUCCCCGGGUGGGUGAGGAGCACACCGCUCCCUGGAAAAGCCGUUCUUUACACAGUGCCCUGUGUCCUCAAAGUCACGAUUUGGAUUUGGCAUGGACGAAAAGCAGAGGUUGUUUUGUAUUGUGCUGUCGUGCGUGGUCCUGUUGUGAAGCGUACUGUUGUACACGUGGCUCGGUGGAGCACGAGGCUCAGAUCUCGCCUGACGUCCCUUCACCCUGUCAUCUUAGAUCUAGAUCUGACAAGCCCAGGCCGCGUUGUGGAAGCGUGCACAGAGUUUCAGGGUCGGUGCUGUCUUGUCCGUCCGUGCUACAUAUUUAAUUACUCUUUGAGUAAUUAAGAUGUGGGACAAUGUUGCCAGCCAGCGCCUCCAUCCCUUCCCCAGCUGCAGUGGCACUGCUGGUGAGCCCCCGUCCUGCGAGCGAGUAGGAUUCUUAGGUGCACCGAGUAAAGCAGGUUCUUGAUGACGUUGAAACCUCCGGGUUUGGUUCUUGGGGCGCGUUGGGUAGGCGAUGCCAAAGCCGACCCCUGUAUUUAGCUGACCUUCCCACCAGCUGUCUCUCGUUUUCUGCCCGCAGACGCUCCGAGAGCUGCGUGUGCUGCCGCAAAGCUGAAAUCUUCUCUCCCAGCUUGGGGUGUGGGUGUCUGCCACAUCCAUGGGUGGGGAUUCACCAGCUCUUGCUUUAUCUCCCAGGCUGGGAGGAUGCUCUGGUCCCAGGGGAGGGGACACCCGCCUGGUGGGGGGCUUUGUAGCGGUCCCCUACCAGCCAGGCUGGGAAUGGCAUUGGAGGGCUUUGAAAAUAGUCGUUAGUGCUUAGGAAAGGGAGUGUUUUCCAAAGACAGAUCCCUUGGGAUCUGUCUCCAAAGGCAAAGGCGCCGCGCAGCCUGAGCCUCCUUCUCCGCGCCGCUGCUUGGGAGAGUGCAGGCUGGCCAGCUCCCGACAAACCGAGGAGUGCGUAUGUCUGUCUGUCCGUCUGCUGCCUGGCACCGGUGCCCGCAGGUGGGUCCGUCCGAGCACUGAACUUUUUGGUUUUUUUCUUUAACCUGGCUGUAAAGAAAACCGCUUGGCUAGUGUGAACAUUUGUGUGUGCGUAUGACAAACACCUAAGCCAUACUUGGAUUAGGUCCGGAACCAAGGUGGCUGCUAAAUUUGGAGCGAUUCAGUUCCCUUGUACAAAGGUUGCUGUAUAUUCAGGGUUACCCAGAAGAAGUCUAGCUAAAACCGAAGUGCCAGCUCCGCCUUAUCUAGAGAAAAGCAAGCCGGUGUGCCUGCUCGUCCUCCGCCUUCCUUGCAAAGGGGGGUCCGUGGUGAGCUGUCGUGAGCUCUUUGGUGGUUGUACUUUGCUUUAGUCUUGGGAAUUCAAGAUAACUCUUCUACCGGGAUUAACGGUGUUUGACCAAGGGCUUAGGGGAAGAGCUGUUGUACCCGCUGGGACCUCUGUGGAUAAAUGCCUUCACCCCGUGCUGGUUGCUCUACGCAAAGUCUGGCGGGGUGCGUGUUGGACACAAAGCACAAUGGUUGAAAGUUAAUCUGCGUUUUUUUCAGAUCUGUGUGAAUAGUUGCUGGAUUUUCAUUCAAUCAAACUCUUUUUUCUAAUAUAAACCACUAAGGGCUCAAUUCUUUAGCAAGAUGCGUUCAUGUCCAACUCCUGACUAUACAGCUGGAUCUCACCGCAACUGUUACAGACCUACCCGAGAGAAAACACAGCUAGUGCGACCGUCACCGGGAAAGCCAACGGACACCAAACCCAUCCGCCGUAUCCUUUCCUCCUGCUCAUUUUCUAGCUGUCACGGUACUGGGGAGUCAGCAGCCAGGUCCCGUCCAACAGGAUCGCAUCCGAUAGUCGCGAAACAGAGGGCUGCUUUGCCAAAAGACUUUGUCCCUUCCAGGUGACGCUGUCCGAGGACGGCGGUGGGGCGGCGGGUUGUCUCCUCCGGCGGGUCGGGGUCGUGCUGGGUGGGUGGGAAAGCCUCACGCCCAGGGCAUUGGGUCACUUCACCGCGGGUCUGCCUCGCUGUGCACUGAUAAGCCAGAUGCUGAGAGCAGCACUGUGUGCUACGUAAAGUCCAUUUUGUUGCUACACCGAUAACCCAGAGACUCGUGUGGACUCUGCCAGUACUGCCGGUGUCAUCCCUGUCCAGCCUUUUCUUUCCCAUAGUGUUGCAUUCAGCGUUUCGUCUCCCUUCUGUCUUCACAUCCGAGAGGAUCUGAGUUUGGUACAAACACGUACAGUACACACACCUUGUGCUUGGUACAAUUCCCUGGUUGCCAUCCUCCGAGACACUUGCUGGGAAGAUCUUUAAGACACUUAAAUUUUCCUUUAGCUUUUCUAUAAUUCUGAUGUAAAGGACUUUCUCUCUGUACAGUAUAUUAUUCAAUGCAUGUUCUGUUCUCUCUACUGAUAUAUUGAACACCACACAGUUGUGAUAUUGUGCAGUGGGAAGAGCAACCCCUGCCGACAGCGGAGGCCUUCGCCUCUCAUGUAUAAGGAAAGAAGAAAACAUAUUUUUUCCUUUGCUGUAUUUGCUUGAGCAGAGUUUUCUUGUCUGUACAUGUGAGCUGUGAGAUAGAUGUGAAAAGUUCAAAAGAAUGCAUUCCCCCCCCAAUGUAUACAGAUUGUAAUCUGUACAAUGAAAACUGUAUGUAUGAAAAAAUGUACUUAUUUAUAAAUGGUUAACACUUGGAAA